AUGUUUCGAAUUAGCUCGAUUUGCUUCCCUAAGGCGGGAUGCGAGGAGAUUACGCGCCAGGCGCGCCGCAUAGUGCUCAAGCCACAGGAGUACUUUGCACAACACCGCAUGCAGGUAUGGCAGAUGCGCUUCAAGGAGAUGGGUCCUCCCUUCUCGCGUGUGUGGGUGGCGCUCGGGGGCAAGAUGCGCCGCCGCCGUAUUGGCCGGCAAAUCGACGUGAAGGACAUGCGGUACUACUGGCGCCCCAUCGAGCCGCAGUACCAGCGCCUGUACAUGUCUCGCCUUCGUACCAAGGACCGCUCGAACAAGCGCGUGCAGCCGAUGCGUCUGCGAGCGACCAACACCGACAUUGGUCACGCCUCCUCAUUAAAGGAGUGGGAGCGUGCUAGCAACCGAAAGUACGGCGCCGCCCUCGCGCCUCCCAAGAAGCGUGACUUUGAGUUUCGCGUCUUUUGA